AUGGCCCUGUCCUUAUUGGAGUCUGAGGCACCGGACUUGUCCCGGGACGGUCUGAAUACUCAGGGUGUCUAUAUUUACCGACCUGCGAAUGCGAAACCGAACAAACCCCAAAACGAACGUCCCCCUAAGCGGCGAAAGGUCGAAUCGGAUGGUCAGGAGAAACAAGAGGAGAAAUCCCAAGGAGCCCAGGCCCGUCCGUUCGUGCCGCUUUUGAACGGAGAAGAGAGCGCAUCCUCAGUUGAUUUGAGAUACAACGCCUACCAAAGAUUGUGGUCCAAACAGGAGGCGAAGAUUCAGGAAGUAUUGGAGGAUGUCGACUCCAAAAUACUCGAGGAAGUGUCAAGUUUUGUCAAAGAGUCCUCGGCUCAGAUUUAUGACGGCUGCAUACCCUCUGCAUUGGUAACCGUCGGGUCCAACGUUUCUUCCCUCGGCCGACUGGUGACGCGACUCAACGAGAGAUUAAUAACAAGUGGAGAGGGAGGCGUGGUCGUUUUGGAAUCCGGCGAUGCACCCAACAUUAAGACGACCUUGAAAAACAUCAUUCGAGCGGCUGUCACAAAUACCGAAGGGAAUGAUGGCUAUCAGAGUUUUCUCACUGACCGUGAAGGGCCAAGACUACUUGCAUACGACCUUGAUCUACUAGGCGACUACGUACAACGGAAAGGAGUGACGAAAUUAGUUCUUGCUUUUCGAGAUAGCGAGGCUUUUGACCCUAACCUAUUGACGGAUCUACUGUCACUACUGAGCUCGUGGCUUGAUAGGAUACCAUUCACGCUGCUGUUUGGUAUUUCAACAUCCGUCGAGCUCUUCGAAGGAAGACUUCCAAGAUCUAGCGUUGCGCUACUUAGGGGCCAAUACUUUGAGCUCCAUGAAGCGAGCAACUGUGUGGAUCGUAUAUACGAGAGGCUACAGGCUGAUCCGGAUGGAGAGUUCUGGCUAGGGCGUAGUAUUACCGGUGUUUUAUUUGAGCGGACGAGCGAUUACUUCUAUACCCCUGAGGCGUUUUGUCGAACAGUAAAGUAUGCGUAUAUGUCCCAUUUCUUUGCGAAUCCGCUGGCGGUUCUGUUUUCAAAAGAUUCGGCAUCUGCUGGAUUGCCCCAUGGGAAGCUCUGCCAGGCAGUUAGAAAUUUACCAUCUUUCAGAGCGCUUUGUGAGGAUUUAGUCGAAGACGGCCAUUCCAAGCAAGUGCGCAACUUGCUGGAAAAUGACGAAUACCUGUUCCAAGAAUGCUUGAAAUACCUUGAGACAGGCCAAAAGCAAAUGCGAAAUAUCUUCGAAGCAGUGAAAUCAACUCAUACCUUUCUUAAGCACCUCAAUCUCAGCAAGAAGAUCGGAGUAUCGGACAUUUCAAUUCUCGCUCUUUCCGGGGAAUUGCAUAACUCGCAGAUCGUGAACGACAUUCUAAAUACGAUGAAAACGCUCGACUCAGAGGGUCUCAAAGGUCUACUCGCGACGGUUCCAGAAAACCUGGCAGAUAGCCCUCAAGUGCGCGAAAUCCAAAGAGACUUCGAGGCUUUAUUAGAAGCAUAUCCGAAUUCAAAGCCUCUGCAGAGUGGAUAUGACAACCGGAACUCCGUCGCGAAAGUCACCGUCGUUCAGCAGCGAGUCCAAGUGACAAAGAGCAAAGCCAAACAACCCAAACAGAAUGUUGAAUACACGCAGAUCCUCGACCGUUUUCAUGCCACACUGGGGGCCUAUUUCGCAGAAACCUUGGUGGGACCACAGGACUUAUACCUGUACGAAGUGUUCCUCCUUGACAUGAGGUAUCCCUUGAAAGACACUGUUGCGCCCAGACCACGGUUCGCAAUCGAACGGGCAUUAUCUAGUCCCUUCGAUUACUUGAUAUCCACGUCGGAUACGCCAGAGAACAGACUCUCCGCGAAACAACCCGUGACGGCCAUUUUAUAUCAACUCUACCUCGAAUCCGGGGCUAUUGUGAACGCCCAUGAUCUCUGGAGUGCGUUCUACGCUGUUUUCGAAAGUGAUCAGGGAGAUGAGUGCGACGAAAGAGUGAUCAUGGCACUGUUUUACAGAGCGCUGUCGGAGUUGAAGGCGCUCGGUGUGGUUAAGAAUAGCCGGAAGAAGGUGGAUCAUAUCGCCAAAACAUCUUGGGCGGGGUUGUAA